AUGUGGGCGCCGGUGAUAGCAGCAUUGCUGCUAUGCAGCACCUGGUUGCCCUCGGCCCAUGCUGUUACGGCUCAUAAGGAGCAAGACCGAGGCGACGACAACCACCCCGAUCGGAUGAAAUAUGCAGGACCUAUCCUUACUUCAAUGUGCACUACCACUUCAAUAGGCACGACUGGAACCGGAUACUCGACGAUCAGCAGAAUUCGGACCAGCGACUUCAUGCGGCGUCAGGACGGGAUGCUCAUAGACGCCAGGGCGAGCCUGUUCCAGAGAGCGCUCUACAACACCACUCACCCUCGCAACGUCAAGGGUUUCACGAAGCAGCCACCCGACCUUCACGACAGGCUGCACUCGAUCCACGACGGCUACUACAGUCCCAUUCCGGCGGCCGAUUUUAUCAACAUUAACGAGCCUUACUACUACGAACUGCUUGCCGAGCAAGUUAUGUAG